CUCCUUCUUCCAUCUAUCUAAACAACUACACCAACUCCUCUCUCUCUGUCUCUCUGUCUCUCUAUCUCUCACUUUCAUAGGUAAAAAAAAUCUUCAACGAUGGAGGGCAUCGUCAUGAAGAAACAAGCUUGUAUACCCACUUCUUCUCCAACUCCAUCACCACUGACCAUGCAUAAAGAUUCACAAACAAUAUCCAAAGCGAAGCCAAAGGUUCGAAUAGUUCACAUAUUUGCUCCUGAAAUCAUCAAGACAGAUGUUGCAAACUUUCGAGAGUUGGUGCAAAGACUCACAGGGAAACCAGCUGAAAAGGGCUGCAAGAAGAAACCAGGAAUACCCAGAAGGCAGGAUCAGCCAACAGCAGUGACUACCGAGAAAGAAGAGCUAAGAAGUGGUUUUGGUGAUUCAGGGUCUAGAGGGAAGGUUAAAGAGGAAGAAGAAAUCUGGAAUGGUGCAAAUUCAGGUGGUUUCUUAUCAGGAUUUGGAGAUUGGGAUGGGUUCAUUCAAGAACUUGGUGAAUUCCAAAUGCUGCCUAUGGACGCUGAUCAUCACAUUCAUGGUUGUGGAGAGAGUCAACUUGUCUAAUUUUCCUUGGG